UACAGGGGGAGCAGAGACACUGGAUGCUUGACACAGACACAGAUGUGGUUACUACCUGCAGCCUCACAGCGACCGCUCCUGCCCUUCCAGCUUCUGCAUGUGACUUGUCCCCACACCGCCUGCUUGGCUCUCCCUGGGCACAGGCCAGGGCGGACACUGACCUGUCUUGUUUUGCCCCUGGCUAGGUGGCGGGAGGGAGCAGCCAGCGGCAGCAAGCACGAAGGCCGAUGAGGGCUUGGAGGCCGUGCCCCCCAAGCCCAGGAGCGUGUUCCACAUCGAGUGGUCAUCCAUUCGGAGGAGGAGCAAAGUGUUUGGAAAAAGCGAACACCAGGAGAGACAGACCAAAGACCCUUCUCCCUAUCAGUACCGGAAGCCCACGGUUGAGCUGCUGGAUCUGGACACCAUGGAGGACAGCGCGGAGAUAAAGGUGGAGGCGAGCACAUCCAAGGCCUCCUGGAUUCAGAGCCACGUGGCAGCCAGCGGGAAGAGGGUUGGCAGGGCCCUCAGUUACAUCACAGGGGAGAUGAAGGAGUGCGGCGAGGGGCUGAAAGACAAAUCUCCCGUGUUCCAGUUCCUCGACUGGGUUCUCCGGGGCACGUCGCAGGUGAUGUUUGUGAACAACCCCGUCAGCGGCAUCCUCAUUGUCCUGGGCCUCUUUGUCCAGAACCCCUGGUGGGCCGUGUCAGGCUGCUUGGGCACUGUAGUGUCCACCUUGACAGCCCUCAUCCUGAGCCAGGACAGGUCUGCCAUCGCAGCGGGACUUCACGGCUACAACGGGGUGCUGGUGGGGCUACUGAUGGCCGUGUUCUCAGACAGAGGCAACUAUUACUGGUGGCUCCUGCUCCCUGUCAUCAUUAUGUCCAUGUCUUGCCCCAUCCUCUCCAGUGCCCUGGGCACCAUCCUCAGCAAGUGGGACCUCCCCGUCUUCACACUGCCCUUCAACAUAGCCGUGACCCUGUACCUGGCGGCCACCGGCCACUACAACCUCUUCUUCCCCACGACGCUGCUGCAGCCCGCCUCCUCCGUGCCCAACAUUACCUGGUCAGAGGUCCAAGUGCCCUUGCUUCUGAGAGCCAUCCCUGUUGGAAUAGGCCAGGUGUACGGCUGCGACAACCCCUGGACUGGAGGCAUCUUCCUCAUAGCUCUGUUCAUAUCAUCACCUCUUAUUUGCUUGCACGCUGCGAUUGGCUCCACCAUGGGGAUGUUAGCAGCCCUCACUAUAGCAACGCCCUUGGAGUCCAUCUACUUCGGCCUGUGUGGCUUCAACAGCACACUGGCCUGCAUCGCGAUAGGAGGCAUGUUCUACGUCCUCACCUGGCAGACCCACCUCCUGGCCGUUGCCUGCGCGCUGUUCGCGGCCUACCUGGGCGCUGCUCUGGCUAAUGUGCUGUCCGUGUUUGGACUACCACCGUGCACCUGGCCCUUCUGCCUCUCAGCACUCACCUUCCUGCUCCUGACGACCAACAACCCCGCCAUCUACAAGCUUCCACUCAGCAAAGUCACCUACCCAGAGGCCAACCGCAUCUACUACCUAUCCCAGGAGAAAAACAGAAGAGCAUCAACCAUAACAAAGUACCAGGCCUAUGAUGUCUCCUAGGCUGCCUUUUCCAAAACACUCAGCCUUCAGCAGGUUGUCCCGGUCCCCAGGCUGAAGGCCAUUCAACUUCCCUUUCUGUCUGUUUUGUGAUUUUCCCUUCAAGCAAGCAUACACCCUAGUUAUUCCCCUGCAUAGGGACAUGCAUGUAUAGUCACCAUUUAGGAACCUCUCAGGUCCAAGAUGCACAACGCUUAGCAAGGAUACAAUAGUUUAGACUCCAUACCCAUAGCUCACUGCAGAAGAGCUCCCUUGGAGGGGUUUUCCCUCUUCUGCAAAAUAAGCCAUGUCACUAAAGAGAACUCAUCAAGGAGACAGUGAUUGGUGGCAUGCACUUCCAACUCAGUCAUUUCAUGGAGCAAUGCACAGUGCCAGGGAACAUGUAUCAGCCUGGAAGGUGAUGGGGUGGUUCUGUCCCAGCUCUGCCUCUAAUGAGCUCCUGCCAUGUUGGGUGAGCACAUCCCUGCUCUCAGCCUCGACUUCUUAUUAGUUUCAUGACAGGGAGGGACUCUAUAGUCCCUCCUACCACAGAAAUGUUGAUUCUUCUCUCUCUCCCAUAAACUGACAAAAUGAGCAUGACUAUCAAAUAAUUACAGUAAAUAAUAGAUGGAGGGCUUACCUGGAGACAAGGCAGGAAAAUGUUCAUAUUCUGAGAUUUGUUCUUGGGUCAUGAGAAGAUGUUCUCCAGAUUUGGGGUUAGGAAACUAAACUCACUGGAAAUGCCAACAUGCCUUCCUUUACAUACCAGAAAUAUUUCUGGAAAUGUCAUAAGAUGAAAACCGAUCUUUUUCAACACUCAAAUCAUGUUUUAAACAAAUGUGUUUUCUUUUGUAGCAUAGA